AUGGCUCAACUUGUCGUCGAGCAGGAGCCCACGAUCAUCGGCUUGUACGGCUUACCAGGCUCCGGAAAGUCCACGAUUCUGGACAACCUUCGAGCCGAUCCCAGCUACAGCAAUUUCCUGAUCAUCGAAGGCUCAGCAGUCAUCGCCAAACUCGUCGAGGGAGGUCUAGAUGCUUUCAAACGGCUCGGCGAGCACGAAAAGGACAGCAUCCGCCGUGGAGCCACCGAGAAGAUCAGAGAUGAGUGUCUGGAGCAGAACAAAAAUGCCGUCGUUGCCGGUAAUUUCUCGUUCUGGAAUGAUGUUGCCCGAGACUACGCUGAAGUGUGGACGGAUUCGGAUGCGAAGGUCUUCACGCAUGUCAUCUAUUUGGCUGUUGAUGGCGAGAAAUUGGCGGGAUUUGUUGAGCAGGAUGAGAGUCGACCUGACCGAGGACUCAAGCCCGCCGAUCAACUGGACUACUGGAGGGACGAGGAGAUCAGUCAGUUGAAGAAGCACUGCGCUGACAACAGCAAGGAUGUCAUGUUCAAGACUGUGACGCAAGGGAUGAACUCGACGUUAGACGAAGUGAAGCAGUUGAUAGACGGCAGGAAUCACGAUGAGAAGUCCAACCGUGACAGAGUGGCGGCCACACUGAAAGCUGCUCUCGAGCCCCUGUCUCCUGCACUGGACGCAGUCCUGCUCAUCGACGGCGACAAAACUCUGGCACCGCACGACACUGGCGCUCUACUCCAGAAACAAAUCAUAGGCCCAGGCCCACGCAAAGAUCCUCUGCCAGGUAUCUUCAACACCCACGGCUACACUUUCACGGGAUUCCGCGAAGCUGCCAUGGAGUAUGAGAAGGAGGGCAGCGAUGCUCACUUCAUCGGGGAGUGUGAGAAGGUCGUCCGGCGUGUCAAGAUGCACCCGGAAUUUGUGUAUCUACUGCAACAAGUCGCUGGCUCACAAUCGGUCAGGGCGCUCGUCGUGACGUCUGGCCUUCGUAUCAUCUGGGAGCGUGUCUUGGAGCAGGCUGAAUUGUCUCAUGUCGUCAGGGCCAUCGGUGGUGGACGAGAGAAAGACUACGUCGUCACGCCCAAGAUCAAAGCCAUGAUUGCACGGGUUCUGAAAGAGAAUGGCCUCUACGUUCUUGCUUUGGGCGACAGUGUGAUCGACUUGCCAAUGCUGCUGCAGGCGGAUGAGGCUAUUGUAGUCACUGGAGAUGAGAAGAGCCGCAGCAAGUCCAUGGAGGUUGAGGUGAAGAGAGCUAUCGCUAAAGACUGUCUUCAGGCACGACAGAUCUUGUUGCCGCCCACGGUAUCUGCAAGGCUAGACGGAGAAAAGCUGCCACACAUUCGACUCGAGGACUUGAGCGUCACCAAUGCCCUAUUCGGCACCUUUGAGCAUGUUGAAGCAACCGGCAAAACCGCCGCCAAACUCCUCAUGACACCGAACCGAGACGCCGCGGUCCACGGCCCAGCCCUCAGAGAAGCCCAUCGCAACGUCGGCCGCUACCUCGCCACCGAAUAUCUCUCCGAAUACCUGGGACUGCAACAAUACCAGACGCAGCAUGUUCAACCAGGCAAAUCAGCAGACGGCUACCGCCUCUUCCACGAAAAGAUAACCCUCCUCAUCCCUCUCAUGCGCCGCGGCGAACCCAUGGCCUUCGGAGUCAGCGACAUCUUCCUCCUCGCAGCAUUCCUGCACGCAAAACAACCCGCAGACAUCGAGAAGAAGCAUCUUCGAGGCAUGGCGAACGCCAUUCUCGUAGACGGCGUGGUCAACUCAGGCGACUCCCUUGUCGAGUUCAUCAAGCGUGUCCGGGAGCUGCGUCCGAGUGUUAGGAUUGUGGCGUUGAGUGGUGUGACUCAGGAGGAUGCUGUGAAGAAUUUGCCGGGCAAGCUGGCGGGGUGUGGUGGUGUUACGCUCUUUUCGUUGAGGACUUCGGAGAAUAAGUUCACGGGCAAGGGUGGGACGGAUACGGGGGCGAGGUUGUUUGGGACGACUGAGAUGGAGUGA